AUGGUUGACAGGGGCAGCACAGCAUGGCAAUUGAUUCCAACCUGGAGCAAGGAUUCCAGGGAUUCGAAUGCGAUGCGGUUCUUGACAGCAUCCUUUGUUCCCGGCAAGUGGGAUGUUAUUUGUCACUCUGGGAAAGAAAGUCAACAACAUAUCGGAAACAGAAGGUUUAGUCUAUGCAUCCAGAAUCACCUGAAGUCAUAUGCGGGAUCAAAUUCACGGCCAGCAAGAUCCGCCAUUAUCACGAAUGUAGUUGCAUCCAUACGAGAUGUUUCCGAGGGGGGUUUUGUUAGAUUGGAUCUUGCCUCAGGCCGUUGGUACGAAGUGGGCGAUAAGAUGGCCAGAGACAAGGUUGGGCAAGCUCUUCGUGAUGCCAUGAACUCUGACACUCAAGAAAGAAGCAUGUCUCCUCCUCAAGAGCAGAGGAAACGCAAACGACCUUCAUGUGGAGGCUCCAACUCGCCAAACACGAAGCAAAACUCCACUCCGGAUACUCCGAAGCAGAUGGAGAAGACACACAUUGCGCUCGACAUCAAUCCAAGACACAAUGCGUGGCCCAAUUCAAAUGAAAUGCCAAUGCGUUUGAAUCCUCCUUUCACUACAGGAGAAUCAAGGGUCCAGACGGACAGUCUUCGAAUUGUAAGAGAGCCUACGGACUCUGGGUUUAGAGAUGGGAAAGUAAAUGAUGCAAAUAAUAAAUGUUUUGUGAGUGUCAUUGGUAAAUCCACGGAAGCAACAGCAACAGCAACAGUCAAAGCAAAGGGACAAGCUAAAGCUGACCAAUCUCCAGGAGAUGCCAGUGGUAACAGCGGGAGGUCCUCUACUUCUGACUCCCAUCAAUUGAGCCUGAUUGAAUGGUUUGAAAAGGAUGUACAGAACGCUCCAUUAUGA